ACACUACCCACAUUAAGGGCGAAACUGUGAUAUCUUAUGAAAACAUACUGAGUAAACAAAGCAGGGACAAAAAAGAGGUGGUUAUAAUUGUCCUUCAGAAUGGGACUCCAGUAGGACAGAAGCAACAGAAGCAGCAGUCGACACAGCCAGCUGGAACCUGCAACAACUUUCAACCAUGUCGGUCACAAUGUGCCAAACAAUGGGCUUCAUCGUCUCAGCCCUGGGUUUUGCUGGAAUCAUUGUAGCCACAGUACUGGAUAUGUGGAGCACACAGGACCUCUAUGAUAAUCCAGUGACUGCUAUAUUCCAGUACCAAGGCUUGUGGAGAAGUUGCGUCAGACAGAGCUCAGGAUUAACAGAAUGUCGACCCUACUUUACCAUUCUUGGGCUACCAGCAAUGUUCCAGGGAGUCAGAGCAUUGAUGAUUGUAGGCAUUGUUCUAGGAGCAGUCGGUUUGCUUAUAGCAAUUUUUGCCCUAAAAUGUAUCAGAAUUGGAAGCAUGGAAGACGCUGCCAAAGCCAACAUCACUCUUACAUCUGGAAUAUUGUUCAUCGUAGCAGGUCUCUGUUCAAUAAUUGGUGUUUCUGUCUUUGCCAAUAUGUUGGUGACUAACUUCUGGAUGACCACGUCUAGCAUGUACACAGGUGGCGCCAUCAGUGGUAUGGGAGGGAUGGGAGGCAUGCAGACACUCCAGACAAGAUACACUUUCGGUUCUGCUUUAUUCGUUGGAUGGGUUGCUGGUGGUAUUACAUUGAUUGGUGGUGUCAUGAUGUGCAUUGCAUGCAGAGGUCUAAUGCCUGAAGAGACUACUUACAAAGCAGUUUCCUAUCAUGUGUCAGCCAAAAGCCCAGGAUACAAGACAUCAGCAUACGAGGAUAAGAGCAAGAAGUCUAUAUACAAUGAGUCAAGGAAAAGCGAGGAUGGAAAAAGCUAUCCAUCCAAAUAUGACUAUGUGUAAACUUUCAUUUGUCCCCAUUAGUCUACCGAGACUUGAGUGUUUUUGUAAUGCAAACUAAAGAGCCUUCUUAUUCAGAAAUUUGCUCAGUUAGGGCACAAAACAGAAAACAUUUUCCAGCUUAUAAUAUGAAGGCCUUUAUGGGCGCAAUUAAAAUGACAUUAUAUUACAUUGUAAUAAAUGACGCUAGUUAUUUUAUCACUUAGUAGCACAACUAAUAUUCUGUUCUAGACCAUUACAACUAAGUAAUAUUAAAUAAACAUAUAGGAAUAGGGAAGUUAUUAACAAGCAGUAUAUAGAUGCAGAAAAUUAUAAAAAAAAGGAACAGAAAGCUGUGCACCUAUCUGUAGGUGUGCCACUAAUGCCACCCAAAAAAUGUCUCAUUAUUGGUUUUGGUUGGAGUAGAGAAGGAUUAUGAAUUUUAACUUGAAGAAUAGAGAUGUACUGUUAAGUCCCUUUUUAGACUGUGUGUGUGUGUUUCAAGCAUCUAAUCAAUUUUGGCGAGUUUGUAUAUGUUAAAUUCCUUUCCAAAGGGGGAAAAAAUUAACACAAGUUACAUGUACAUACCUUAUAUAUAUGGGAGUUUUUAUUUGUCAAUUGUAUAUCCUCAGCAUAUUCAUACUUGGUAACUGCCCCAAUAGUUAUGGUUAGUUGCUAGGAAAUUUGUUUUAGAUAGAAGUAUGGAUUAAUAAAUACUGUAUAUAUACUGUUA